AUGGGUAUCAAACUCGCAACAGACAAGGCAUCAGCAAGCUUAUGUGACUACUGCCUCAACUUGUCACAAAAUUGUAUAGACCCAAACACAGCGUUCCUCCGAGCGGCACGCGGCGGUCAACUCGACACAGUGGUCGAUUUACUCGACUCCGGCGCAGUCAAGGAUAUCAACACGUGUAAUUCUAAUGGGCUAAAUGCGCUACACUUGGCUGCCAAAGAUGGACAUAUUGCAGUAGUCGAAGAGUUAAUAAAACGCGGCGCGAUAGUAGACGCUGCUACUAAAAAAGGCAAUACAGCCCUUCACAUAGCAUGUCUUGCUGGACAAGAGGACGUAGCGCGAGCGCUGCUCGGCGCAGGCGCAAAGGCAGAUGCACAAUCCGCCGCAGGGUUUACACCACUAUACAUGGCAGCUCAGGAAAAUCACGCAGGCUGCGUUAAAAUGUUGCUCGCAGCUGGUGCUAGUCAGACUCUAGCAACAGAGGAUGGUUUCACACCGCUAGCAGUUGCGAUGCAACAGGGUCAUGACCGAGUGGUAGCGGAGUUACUCGAAUCUGACACAAGAGGUAAGGUGCGGUUGCCGGCACUGCACAUCGCUGCUAAGAAGAAUGACGUUAAAGCUGCGACACUUUUACUCGAAAACGAACACAAUCCGGACGCAUGUUCCAAAUCAGGCUUCACUCCCCUCCACAUUGCAGCGCACUAUGGUAAUGUGGGAGUGGCCAAGGCUUUGUUAUCCGCUGGAGCAGACCCCGGAAGGGCUGCUAAACACAACAUAACACCUCUACAUGUGGCUAGCAAGUGGGGACAGUUGGCUAUGGUUGAUUUACUAGUUGAAAACGGUGCAAAUAUAGCAGCAAUGACAAGAGAUGGUCUAACGCCAUUACAUUGCGCUGCACGGUCGGGUCACAGUAAUGUUGUGUCACGCCUUUUACAACACGGAGCACCUAUCACCAGCAAGACUAAGAAUGGUCUCACCCCUCUCCACAUGUCCGUGCAAGGCGAACAUGUGGAGACGGCCAAGGUGCUUCUAACAGAGGGCGCUCCCAUCGAUGACGUCACAGUUGACUACCUCACUGCGCUUCAUGUCGCCGCACAUUGUGGACAUGUUAAGGUAGCAAAACUUUUGCUGGACAGAAAUGCUGAUGCAAACGCUCGUGCUCUAAAUGGUUUUACGCCACUACAUAUCGCUUGUAAGAAGAACAGGCUCAAAGUUGUUGAACUACUACUCAAAUAUGGUGCAAGCAAAUCGGCAACCACAGAAUCAGGAUUGACACCGCUCCACGUAGCGUCGUUCAUGGGUUGCAUGAACAUCGCGCUGGUGCUGGUGGGCGCCGGCGCGGAUGCAGACGCCGCCACCGCGCGUGGGGAGACGCCGCUGCAUCUGGCGGCGCGCGCGCACCAGACCGACCUCGUGCGCGUGCUGCUCAGGAACAACGCCAAGGUGGAGGCGCGCGCGCGCGAGGAGCAGACGCCGCUGCACGUGGCGGCGCGCCUGGGCCACGGCGACAUCGCGGCGCUGCUGCUGCAGCACGGCGCCGACGUGGCCGCCGCCACCAAGGACCGCUACACGCCGCUGCACAUCGCCGCCAAGGAGGGUAAAGAAGAAGUUGCGUCAAUCCUGCUAGACCACAAUGCUCCAAUAGAAGCAGAAACAAGAAAAGGCUUCACUCCACUCCAUUUAGCUGCUAAAUAUGGAGAUAUAGGAGUGGCUAGACUGCUUCUAGCGCGAGGGGCGCAACCGGACGCGCCAGGAAAGAGUCAUAUCACUCCCUUACAUAUGGCCACAUAUUACGGACAUCCUGAUAUCGCGCUGCUUUUACUGGACAAAGGUGCGUCCCCGCACUCGCUGGCUAAGAACGGACACUCGGCUCUCCAUAUCGCGUGUCGUCACAACCAUCCUGACAUCGCCUUCGCUUUGCUGGAACAUGAUGCGGACCCAGGAGUGAAGUCUAAGGCGGGUUUCACACCACUGCACAUGGCAGCUCAAGAAGGUCACGAGGACUGCGUUGAGAUGCUCAUCGAACGAGGAGCUGACGUCAACGUACCUGCUAACAAUGGGCUGACCCCCGUGCACCUGGCGGCGGCGGAGGGCCGCACGGGCGUGCUGCGCGCGCUGCUGGGCGCGGGCGGGCGCUGCGCCGCGCGCACGCGCGACGGGUACACGCCGCUGCACGCCGCCGCGCACCACGGGCACCACGCCGCCGCGCGCGCGCUGCUCGACGCCGGCGCCGACGUCACCGCCAAGCCGUGUGGUCGCUACACGCGCGACGGGUACACGCCGCUGCACGCCGCCGCGCACCACGGGCACCACGCCGCCGCGCGCGCGCUGCUCGACGCCGGCGCCGACGUCACCGCCAAGCCGUGUGGUCGCUACACGCGCGACGGGUACACGCCGCUGCACGCCGCCGCGCACCACGGGCACCACGCCGCCGCGCGCGCGCUGCUCGACGCCGGCGCCGACGUCACCGCCAAGCCGUGUGGUCGCUACACGCGCGACGGGUACACGCCGCUGCACGCCGCCGCGCACCACGGGCACCACGCCGCCGCGCGCGCGCUGCUCGACGCCGGCGCCGACGUCACCGCCAAGCCGUGUGGUCGCUACACGCGCGACGGGUACACGCCGCUGCACGCCGCCGCGCACCACGGGCACCACGCCGCCGCGCGCGCGCUGCUCGACGCCGGCGCCGACGUCACCGCCAAGCCGUGUGGUCGCUACACGCGCGACGGGUACACGCCGCUGCACGCCGCCGCGCACCACGGGCACCACGCCGCCGCGCGCGCGCUGCUCGACGCCGGCGCCGACGUCACCGCCAAGCCGUGUGGUCGCUACACGCGCGACGGGUACACGCCGCUGCACGCCGCCGCGCACCACGGGCACCACGCCGCCGCGCGCGCGCUGCUCGACGCCGGCGCCGACGUCACCGCCAAGCCGUGUGGUCGCUACACGCGCGACGGGUACACGCCGCUGCACGCCGCCGCGCACCACGGGCACCACGCCGCCGCGCGCGCGCUGCUCGACGCCGGCGCCGACGUCACCGCCAAGCCGUGUGGUCGCUACACGCGCGACGGGUACACGCCGCUGCACGCCGCCGCGCACCACGGGCACCACGCCGCCGCGCGCGCGCUGCUCGACGCCGGCGCCGACGUCACCGCCAAGCCGUGUGGUCGCUACACGCGCGACGGGUACACGCCGCUGCACGCCGCCGCGCACCACGGGCACCACGCCGCCGCGCGCGCGCUGCUCGACGCCGGCGCCGACGUCACCGCCAAGCCGUGUGGUCGCCACACGCGCGACGGGUACACGCCGCUGCACGCCGCCGCGCACCACGGGCACCACGCCGCCGCGCGCGCGCUGCUCGACGCCGGCGCCGACGUCACCGCCAAGCCGUGUGGUCGCUACACGCGCGACGGGUACACGCCGCUGCACGCCGCCGCGCACCACGGGCACCACGCCGCCGCGCGCGCGCUGCUCGACGCCGGCGCCGACGUCACCGCCAAGCCGUGUGGUCGCUACACGCGCGACGGGUACACGCCGCUGCACGCCGCCGCGCACCACGGGCACCACGCCGCCGCGCGCGCGCUGCUCGACGCCGGCGCCGACGUCACCGCCAAGCCGUGUGGUCGCUACACGCGCGACGGGUACACGCCGCUGCACGCCGCCGCGCACCACGGGCACCACGCCGCCGCGCGCGCGCUGCUCGACGCCGGCGCCGACGUCACCGCCAAGCCGUGUGGUCGCUACACGCGCGACGGGUACACGCCGCUGCACGCCGCCGCGCACCACGGGCACCACGCCGCCGCGCGCGCGCUGCUCGACGCCGGCGCCGACGUCACCGCCAAGCCGUGUGGUCGCUACACGCGCGACGGGUACACGCCGCUGCACGCCGCCGCGCACCACGGGCACCACGCCGCCGCGCGCGCGCUGCUCGACGCCGGCGCCGACGUCACCGCCAAGCCGUGUGGUCGCUACACGCGCGACGGGUACACGCCGCUGCACGCCGCCGCGCACCACGGGCACCACGCCGCCGCGCGCGCGCUGCUCGACGCCGGCGCCGACGUCACCGCCAAGCCGUGUGGUCGCUACACGCGCGACGGGUACACGCCGCUGCACGCCGCCGCGCACCACGGGCACCACGCCGCCGCGCGCGCGCUGCUCGACGCCGGCGCCGACGUCACCGCCAAGCCGUGUGGUCGCUACACGCGCGACGGGUACACGCCGCUGCACGCCGCCGCGCACCACGGGCACCACGCCGCCGCGCGCGCGCUGCUCGACGCCGGCGCCGACGUCACCGCCAAGCCGUGUGGUCGCUACACGCGCGACGGGUACACGCCGCUGCACGCCGCCGCGCACCACGGGCACCACGCCGCCGCGCGCGCGCUGCUCGACGCCGGCGCCGACGUCACCGCCAAGGCGGCGCACGGGUGUGUAGUGCGCAGUGUGUAG